AUGAGGUUCUCACCGCACCAUGUCAUGCUGAUGGUAGUUGGCGCCACUACUACUACGCAUACCGGAGUUAUCGCCGAGAAGCGCCAACUCGGGCAUAACUGCUUGAAAACGCGCAGCUUGCACGGAGCUUGCGAUGUCGACACCGAUGGUAAUGAGAUGGCGUGUUUGGAAAUCAAUGGCUAUUUCCAAUGUGCCCCUGCAUUGACAGAAGGUCAAAGAUGUGGUGUUGGCAACCGGUACAACGAGUGCCGCCAAGGCUUGUGGUGCUCGGGUGCAGGAGGAGAGUGUCGCGUAGCUCCUGCUAUUGGGGAGCAAUGUGCCGCAAACGUGGAUUAUGAUACACGAAACGUAUGUGGCUACCAGGGCUUUUGUGACUCUGAUGGUGAUGAUACCUGCAGAGAGUAUAUUACAUCCACAGUGGACCACGAAGAUCCUUGUCCACUCAGCACGGAUUACGGCUAUCGAGAAUGUUCCGCCGAAUUGACUUGCGAGUACCAUUGGAACCAAGGCAACUCAUUCGGGACCUGUGUCCCUCGUUUUCAAGUGAACGAUGGGAACAGUUGCAAAGAUCAUGACUGUGCGGAUGGCCUCAUGUGCUACGACUGGGACUGCCAUCCUUUGUCGCACCGCGGAGAAAGGUGCCAGAAACAGUACCAUUGCGUUGGAAACCUUAUUUGUGCGCCAGCGUCAAACACGUGCCAGUUGAGGUCGGAAUUUGAUCCGGAAGUCAUUGACAUUGUACCGACAAAGGCACCUACAAAAGAACCAACCAAUCGGCCAACUCUUCCUCCUUCCCCUCCACCUACCCCUGAACCUUCAUUGUCCCCUACAAAAGAACCAACGCCCGGACCAACUAGUCCUCCUAGCCCUCCACCUUCAAUGGCGCCUACGAAGGAACCAACGCCCGGACCAACUAGUCCUCCUAGCCCUCCACCUUCAAUGGCACCUACGAAGGAACCAACGCCCGGACCAACUAGUCCUCCUAGUAGCCCUCCACCUUCAAUGGCACCUACGAAGGAACCAACUCCUGGACCAACUAGUCCUCCUAGCCCUCCACCUACCCCCGAGACAAACUCUCCUGUGUCUUCACCUGAUCCCAUCAGUACUACUGCACCUUCAUUGGCACCUACGAAAGAACCUACCCAUCGGCCAACUCUUCCUCCUACCGGUACCCCUUCGCCUACACCUGAGACGAACUCUCCUGUGUCUUCAUCUGAUCUCGCCAGUACUGCGCAAGUCUCAAGCCUGGCGGCUGACCUUGGCCAAGAUGAUAGCCCUGCGGCAACCAAUGCGCCCACAGAGCGUCCAACUCUAAUUGCCAAUCCAGAUGAUCCAAGUGAAGAAAGUAAUAAUGCUUCCCCAAGUGCGUCGACUGAAUCCUCCGCAGCCGGAAUGAAUUCCAAUAUUGAUCCCUUGCCAACCGACAGCCCAGUUGAAAUCACUCCAAGGGAAUAUUGUAAUGGUGAAACCAUAUCUGGCCAUCCUUGUUUGUCGGCUGUCUAUGAAAACUUGGGCCGUGGAUUCAACGCGGUAACAGGGGAAAUCACAGAGCCGGUUGUAAAGCUGCAUUAUACAAAGGGGCUAAAUUUUACCAUUAAAGCUACGGGGAUGAAGUACGAGUACCCAGACAAUGUCGAAUGCAAGGAUGAAUCAGAAGGAGAUGAAGUCAUCGACACUAAGAAAUAUACUUCCACCUUACAAUACAGGCAAAUUAUUGCUGGUCGCUUUGGGUUUUCAGGAUCAUUCAACGUCAACCAUCUUAAACUCUUUGCAAAAUACGAACAUGCACUCCAAAAGGGUUUUGGUGAGGAACGCUAUCUCUACCGAGCUUUCAUCAGGAGCCAACUUUAUACUUGCAAGCUGAUUGCUUCUAGUAAGAAGGAGGUUACACAGAACCUUCAGUCACAAGUGGAUCAGAUUGCCCCCCCUGCCCCUGACCUUAUCGAGAAAACGACAGGAACUCACUACAUUACUUCUUUUAAUGCUGGCGGAACACGAGACGUUUACGUUUUUGUUCGCAAAUGCGUAAGCAACCAAUCGAGUACUAUUGAGGCCGAAAUCAAGGCACUCUUUUCCAAGUUUUUGGUCGCCAAAGCAGAGGGUGAGGUAUCCGCUUUGAUUGGAAUAGAGUGCUCCGAGUUCUCCGAGAAUAGCUCUUACCGGACGUAUACGAAAGGCGGGAAUCAGCAAACUGACCUGGAGGAAUGGCUGUCGUCUCUAAAGGACAUUCCCGGCGCGAUUGAGUACACUAUGGAACCGCUUGAAGAGCUCCUACCUAUCCUUGCGCCUGCAAUUUCAGAUUAUGUCAAUGAUGAAGGGCUGUUUCAGGACAAAAGUGAAAUUGAUUUCCCGAUCAGUCCUGCCUGUUGCACCUGUGACACAGAAUGCGCAGCAUCGAGUGCUCCAUCGAGUGCUCCAUCGAGUGCUCCAUCGAGUGCAGCUCCAGCCUAUCUGGUUUGUUCUUCACUGACAUUGACCGUGAUAUCUGGACUUGUCAUUUUGGUGAUUUAUACUUGA